AUGAUGUCUUACCUCAAACAGCCCCCUUACGGCAUGAACGGGCUGGGGCACGGGCCCGCCAUGGACCUGCUGCACCCCUCCGUGGGGUACCCGGCCACCCCACGGAAGCAGCGGCGGGAGCGCACCACCUUCACACGCUCGCAGCUGGACGUGCUGGAGGCACUCUUUGCCAAGACCCGCUACCCUGACAUCUUCAUGCGGGAGGAGGUGGCCCUGAAGAUCAACCUGCCCGAAUCUCGAGUCCAGGUCUGGUUCAAGAACCGCCGUGCCAAGUGCCGGCAGCAGCAGCAGAGCGGCGGCGGGGCCAAGAGCCGUCCGGCCAAGAAGAAAUCCUCACCAGCCCGUGAGAGCUCGGGUUCGGAGAGCAGCGGGCAGUUCACGCCGCCGGCAGCAGCCUCCAGCUCAGCUUCUUCUUCGUCCUCCAGCUCGGCCUCGUCGGCCCCAGCAGGCGCCCCGGCCUCGCUCAGCACCCCGGCGUCAUCCAUCUGGAGCCCAGCUUCCAUCUCUCCCGGCGCAGCGCCGGCAGGGGUGACUGUGCCCGAGCCGCUGCCGCCGGCCGCGGCGUCCUGCAUGCAGCGGGCCGGCCCCGCCGCCGCCGCCUCCGCCAGCUACCCCGUCUCCUAUGGCCAAGGCGGGGGGGUACGGGCAGGGUACCCCGCACCGCCCUCCUCCUCCUAUUUUGGGGGCGUGGAUUGCAGCUCUUACCUGGCGCCCAUGCACUCCCACCACCAUCCCCACCAGCUCAGCCCCAUGGGGCCCUCCUCAGUGCCCGGCCACCCACACCACCCGCUGAGCCAGAGCUCGGGCCACCACCACCAUCACCAUCAUCACCACCACCAUCAGGGUUACGGCGGCACCGGGCUGCCCUUCAACUCCUCCGACUGCCUGGACUACAAGGAACCUGCCGCUGCUGCCUCUUGGAAGCUCAACUUCAACUCCCCCGACUGCCUCGACUACAAGGACCAGGCGUCCUGGCGCUUCCAGGUCUUGUGAGGGGCCGCCUGCUACCCCCCACCCCACCCCCCCAUUCACCACGGACCCCCUGCCUGGUGUCUCCUGCUGCCUCCGGGCAGGACUCUGGCUCCGGCUUCUCUUCCUCCUCC